AUGCCACGUAAGCUACGUAAGAAUAUACGUAAGAGGAAGAGAGCAUUGAAACAUCCAAUAGUAAGACUAACACCACAACAACAGUUGCAACAACAAAUGCUGAAUGACUCCACUAUGUUGCAACAAAUGUCAAGCAAUCCUAUGCUUUUAAACCGAGUUGUUGGUGCACAGAGUGGAGGUUUAAGAGCGGCACUUUUAGCGAAAAUGGCAGGCUAUGGUGGAGCUGCAGACGGAACAGCCUAUAACCCUCAAAGUCAAAUGAAUUUGAGUUCACUCAAAAAUCAAAUAGCAGAUGUCAAAAAGUCAAACAUAGACAUACAGAAGCAAAUAGGUGAAAACGAAAAGAAACUAGAAUAUGACAGACACACAAAGAAACUCAAUGAGUUAAACGUAGAGAAAAAGAAGAAAGAAGAACAACUGAAAGAACUAAGUACAGAGCAAUAUGCGAAAAAAGUGUCAGAAAAAGCAGCAGAAGUAGCAAAAAUGGAACAAGAUGUCAUAAAUUUGAAAAACCAUACUACUCGAUAUAAAGUACUGAAAGAUGAAGAGAUAAAACAAAAAGCCCUGAAGACAUAUAUGGAUAGCGAUGAGUAUAAAAAGGAAGUUGAAGCAAAUGUAAAGGCAGAAAAACUUUUACAGUUGCAAAACCAAACCGUACAGUAUGA